AGGGCGCGCUUCGGCAAGGCGGGGGCGCGCGUCGCGGGGGAGGCGGGCAGUUAGAGUCGCCCAAACUUCGGGAAAGUUUGCAGAAGUUUUUAUUUGGGGGGGGGAGCGACGGGGCAGGAGGGCGAUCCCAGCCGCUUCCGGGGGGUAGGGAACCCAACCCCCCCCCGACCUCUCUCGGGAUGGAAGCUCCUGGUUAAAGCCCCACUUUUUCCUUUUUCGGCUUUGUUUCCUGAUCUGCAAGCCGCCGGGCGGGGGUGUUGUUCGCUCCGGCCGGGGUUGGGGGCGCAGGGGGAGCCUAAAUUGGGGGGGGGGGUUCUCGCACGAGGCUGGCCCCCGGAGCCUGAUCCAAACUGACCCCCAGGCGAAGCGGCACGGGGGGGGCGCCUUGGGAACUUUGGAGAAGCUGCGGGUUUUUCCCACGAAGGUGCCGCUUCCAGGUGGGAGAGCGGAUAGAGAGGGGUCGGCGCUGGAGGAGAAAGAGCGUGCUCAGAUUUGCUCUGAGCUGAGCACGGGGCGAGAGGGUCCUUCCUUGAACCUCAAAAGUAUUUGGCUUUGAAAGGAAUCGGCCGCACCUUUCUGUCCUUAGAAAACGCAGCAGGAAAACUUGGGGGAAGGCGAUGCUUCAGUCCUGUGUACAUUGUUCCCCCCAGUGAAGUCCUACUGAAGUCAGUGGGGCAGAGUUACGAGUAGACGUGUGUCUUUUAUAGGUGUGGAAGAGAAACCCAGGCAGAUGGGAUUAUUAUGUAAAACAAGUUCCAAACACUAAUUACUUUGUUGUACAUUAAUUUUAUGUAUAGACUUGGCAUGGCUUUGUGGCUGUAAGAGACUAACUAUGAAUCAAAGUCCUGGGUUUGAAUCAUGCAUGCCUGUGCCAUCAACUCACCAGGUGGCAAGCAGCUCUCUCCCAGCUUCAGCCCCCACCCGUCUUCUGCAGUAUAGAGAUAGAAUCAUAGAAUUGUAGAGUUGGAAGGGACUGUGAGGAUCAUUUAGUCCAACCCCCCGCAAUGCAGGCAUCUUUCACUUUCAACGCAAAGCAACCCUGAGAUUAAGAGUCUCUUGCUCUACCAACUGAGCUAUCUGUGAGUAAUAAUGACGUCCACUUACUUUACAAAGUUGCUGUAAAUAUCACAAGGGUUUUUGAGCAUGCAAAACCACUACAUAAAUGCCAGGGAUAACUGCUGUGCUUCUGUACGAUUCUGUGGGAAGACACUAGCCAUCCCAUUGCACAGGUGAGGAAAACUGAGGGCAAGAGAGAUCCCGGUUUGUUCCAGACCCACUGAAUGAGUUAUUGGCUUAAACAGGGACUUGAACCCCAGGUUCAUUGCCGACCCAAUAUGACCCAGUGAAGAGAGACAAAUUACUGUACAUGAUGUCUUGCAUGAUUUGGUCUUCUUGCCACAUGAGAAACACUGUGGUGUAAGUGGCUAGAAUCUCAGGCUAAGACUGGGGAGACCCGGGUUCAAGUUCCCCCUCAGCAAUGAAGCUUGCAGGGGGGCCUUGAGUGAACAGUUAAGCUGGCUAGAGUAAGGAGGGCUGUGGAAUAUAGAGGAAAAAAUUGACAUAGUGCUUCAUUUCUGGCCAUAGCGUUACUAGGACCUAAGGCUGCUUAGAAAUCUCCUGCUUUAGCUCGAAAUCCUCUUUCUCUGUAAUGUGUGGUGGAGCCUGAUUGUGGCACCCAUGCUCAGAGGGUGCCCUGUCUGCUGUCUGCUUUGUGUGUUCAGGCCCAGGUAUUGGGGAAAAAAAGUCCCGGGGCUGAGUCCUGGCUCAAACAAAGCUGUGACUGGAAGCCAGGAUUCCUGGAUGGUAUAUUUUGCUCUGGGAGAUGAUUCCGUGGUGGAAAUUAAUGCUUUUGGAGGCAAGAUCUAGGGUGGAGGGGUUGCAGGAAAUUGCUACCUUGCUGACUCUGGAAUAUACUUUUGGCCUGCCCAUUUUGACUCUUGUCUGGGGAUUAGGUGAACCUUUGCCUCAGGCAGGCAGCCAAGAUGACGUGACCAGGUGUUGCAAGGAUUUCCGGGGAAGGGCUCCACCUGCUGAACUCUGGCCAUGCAUCACAAUCCCAGCUCAUAAAAUGCUGGGUUCUCUCCCUCCCUCCCCCCUCUCUUUCUCUUUCUCUUUCCCCGUCCUCCUCAAAACUACCUGGAAUUUACCCCCCAGCUACUGUUCUCCUGGUUUCAACCUUGAAUUGCUCUUUUGUUUUGAGAAUAAGCCAGUGGUAAGAGUUUCAGAUCCCUCCAGGCCUGGGUUCAGGCCGCCCCACCCCCCUUUGGCUUUAUCCGUUUCCCCCAUAUGUAAAACAGGAAUGAUAGCAACUUUUACGGGACCAUAAACAAGGAUGAAUUGGAUGGGGGAAAGCCAUACAGUCACCCAAGUGAGAAAAUGUUGUUUAGUUGUAUCCGACUCUUUGUGACCCCAGGCACUCCUGUCUUCCACUGCCUCCCGCAGUUUGGCCAGACUCAUGUUGGUAGCUUCAAGAACACUGUCCAAGCAUCUCAUCCUCUUUCGUGCCCUCCAUCUUCCCCAACAUCAGGGUCUUUUCCAGGGAGUCUUCUCUUCUCAUGAGGUGGCCAAAGUAUUGGAGCCUCAGCUUCAGGAUCUGUCCUUCCAGUGAGCACUCAGGGCUGAUUUCCUUAAGAAUGAAAAAAUUCCUUCAGUAGCACCUUAAAGACCAACUAAGUUUUUAUUUUGGUAUGAGCUUUCAUGUGCAUGCACACUUCAGUCGAAGCAAAAAUAAAAAAAUCCCUUCAGUAGCACCUUAAAGACCAACUAAGUUUUUAUUUUGGUAUGAGCUUUCGUGAAGUGUGCAUGCACAUGAAAGCUCAUACCAAAAUAAAAACUUAGUUGGUCUUUAAGGUGCUACUGAAGGAAUUUUUUUAUUUUUGCUUCGACUCAGACCCACACGGCUACCUACCUGUUCCUUAAGAAUGGAUAGGUUUUAUCUUCUUGCAGUCCAUGGGACUCUCAAGAGUCUCCUCCAGCACCAUAAUUCAAGAGCAUCAAUUCCAACCCUGUGCCCCCUUUAGCACAGCAUAGUUGAAGACUGAUUAUUCUAUGCCCCUGCAUCAUGUGUGCAGAGGGCCUGGCGCUUAGACCGCAGGCUGGUAAGAAGCCCCAAAUGCCCCCAUUGCAGCCGCACAUGAGAAAGUCAAGAGUCUUGAGCAGAGCAAAGAAGCGUGUUUUCACAGAGGCAUUGGAAGCCGCCUCAUAACUGAGCCACAUUGAUCGGUCCAUGUGACUCAGUAUUCUUGAUACUGAUGGGUAGCGACUCUCUAGCGGUUUGAGUCUUUCUCAGCCCUCCCCAGAGAUGCCAGGGUUUGAACUGGGGACCAUUUGCACACAAAGUGUGCCUGCUCUGCCCCUGAGUUCCGGCGCCCUCUGCUGCAGGACAGACGGCUUUGUGGGUGGAGGGACUCUCAGGUAAGGUGUGUGUGUGGGGGUCCACUAAUGUGCUCUUUCUCAAAGCACCACAAAACUCUGAAUCUACACUCUGAAUUGUCCAGUUCUGGGCACCACAGUUCAAGAAGGAUACUGACAAGCUGGAACGUGUCGAGAAGAGGGCAACGAAAAUGGUCAAAGGCCUGGAAACGAUGCCUUAUGAGGAACGGCUUAGGGAGCUGGGCAUGUUUAGCCUGGAGAAGAGAAGGUUAAGGGGUGAUAUGAUAGCCAUGUUCAAAUAUAUAAAAGGAUGUCAUAUAGAGGAGGGAGAAAGGUUGUUUUCUGCUGCUCCAGAGAAGCGGACACGGAGCAAUGGAUUCAAACUACAAGAAAAAAGAUUCCACCUAAACAUUAGGAAGAACUUCCUGACAGUAAGAGCUGUUCGGCAGUGGAAUUUGCUACCAAGGAGUGUGGUGGAGUCGCCUUCUUUGGAGGUCUUUAAGCAGAGGCUUGACAGGCAUAUGUCAAGAAUGCUUUGAUGGUGUUUCCUGCUCGGCAGGGGGUUGGACUGGAUGGCCCUUGUGGUCUCUUCCAACUCUAUGAUUCUAUUAUUCUAUACACCAGGCUGUUACCUUGGACCCUCAGCAACGACCCCCCCCCCCGACAUUUUAUUUCAGGAGAAAAUGUUCUGCAAAGUAAUAGAAUAUGUGGGGAGCUGGUGUGCUGUCAGCACUCAGUUUGGGUUUCCUAGGCUCAGGUUUGCUUGUGGCUGUUGUUUUUUACCACAGGGUAGAUGCAACAGCUCUGCCUUCUUCCGCCCCGUCUCACAGCAGAUCCCUCCCUCAUCCACUCCCUGGGAACAGGGAGCCUGCAGCAGUGGCUGGGAGGGGUAGGGAGAAAGGUGUUGACACUAAACAGUCAUAGCAAAGGAAUUGACUGCGGUAGUUCCAAGAGCCUAGGGCAGGGAAAGGGGAGAGGAGAGAUUGGCAGAGCCUCCGAUCUAUGCCACGCGUCCCCUUCCCUUUCCCACGUUUGUCACGCUGGCGUGCAACGCGACUGAUCUUCUCGUUGAGGCAUAGAAGUGCGUGUGAAUUUUGGCUCUGUGGAUUCACAUUUGGCAAUGCUUGCUGUGUGUGUAUGAGAGAGAAGGAGAAUUGGGGGUGGGGGAAGUGAUGAACGCAUUAGAGGUUGUGGGACAAGGAAGAAGAAUCUUUGGCACAAGUUACAGUAACCAGCUGAGACCCCCCAUCCGGGAGUUCCAGAUGGGUCUCGGAUCAAAGUGAUUCCCCUCCCUCAGAAGCAGGAGACAAGCCAAUCUACCAGACAUGGAGGUGAAGGGGCAACUCAUCAACUCAUCCAGCUACAGCUCUUCAGAGGCUUUGCAGCGGGACCUCUGUCCGCGGAUCCGGCUGGAGCGGGUGCAAGAACUGCUGGAGAAGCAGCGGUCGCUCCAGCAAGUGCUCAGUCUGCGCCUUAAGGAACUGCGCCGCAUUUGCCUUCAGGAGGCUGAACUGACUGGAAAGUUGCCUCCCGAAUACCCCCUGGAACCAGGGGAAAGACCCCAGCCUGUACGCCGGAGGGUGGCAGUUGCCUACCGAAUUCCCGCUUCCCUCAAGAAUGAGGAAGCGGCUUCCCUGGAGGAGCUGACUCAGGAGCUGGCUCUGCAGCAGCAAGUGGCGGAGGCUGCCCGGCGCCUCACCGUGGCUCCAGAGUUGACGGCUGACCAACGCCGCCGCCGGAGGCAGGUCCAGGCAGAUGCCGCCCAGCGCCUCCGGGAGCUGGAGGCUCAGGUGGCAGAGUUCCGGGUGCGACUAGGCAAAGGGCCCCCCCAGAGGGGCAGCCAUGAAGAGGCUUUUCAUUCAGAGAGCAGCUCCCUCUCCGAAUCGGCCAGCCACGAAAAUGGGGUAUGUGGAUGCUUCUACCCUGUGCCCUGUGCUCUGUCCUCAGACGACCCCCACAGCUUCCACCCCUCCAAAGCUUCCAACCACCAGGGGACUUUUUUUGACCGUCCUUCGCCGCCUAAGGCCCGAGAUCACCUGCGUGCCAUUUCCAGUAGCCCCGACCGCCGGCCAGGAUGGCGGCUUUUGCAGCCGGACCUCUACAACGAGGGCAAGGACCGCAGGAACUCUGUGGCCAGCCCUGCCAGCCCAAGCCGUACCCUCCCCAGGAGUGUUUCCAGCUUUGAGGGCCGGAGUGUUCCAGCAACCCCAGUGUUGGCAAGGAGUGCUUGCGCGGGUGGCCACCAGUUCAGAUCCGAGGCCCCAGCUCUACACCCCCGGCAAUGGUCAGGCAGCCACGACUCCCAGCUCGGCCCCCCGAGCCGUGACACCAGUGGUGAUCGGGCCUCCCUCUUCGCCGCUCGGACCCGCCGCAGCAACAGCUCGGAAGCCCUGAUUGAGCGGGCCCCUUCAGACGACCCUCUCUUCCCCGCUGCACCCCCUUUUAAAAGUGCCGAGGCCCUGACCCCUUCCAUCUCUGGCCGCAACCCUCGGCCCCCUUACAACGACCUCCUCCUGGACUACUACCUGGAACGCAGGUGCUGGGGCGGCGGUGAGCACCUUUCGCGGCGGGACGGGCCCCCCCAGCUGGAGUGGGGGGCCCUUCCCGAGAGCCCGCUGCAGCGCCGAGCCCGGCCGGCUGCCCGCACCAAAUCCUGCGGCCCGCUGCUGCCUCCCCAGUCGCGGGAGGUCGGUUACGGGCCCCCGUUGCCCCCUCAGCGCAACUUCCACAAAGCCCUGGCCCUGGAGGGACUCCGGGACUGGUACCUGCGCAACGCCGGAGUCAGCCAGCGCGGGGCGCUAGAGAGACGGGGACCCUCGCACACCAGCCACCAGCCGCUCCGCGGCUACUAUGAGCCAGCUGCCGCAAACCCCGAGACGAGCUACUACGGGGCGCCGGGGGGGCUGCCCCACUCGGUGAGCUACGCCGGGCAGCCGCUGUAUGGCAGGUAUGGGGCACGACUCCACUAUUUGCCCCGGUAACUGCAUCCGCCCCAUUCAUCCUGCUUGCCUAACGCCCGACCCCCUAACACUGCUUCUGCAGAGUCUGUCUGUCUGUCUGUCUUUCUGCUCUUUCUUUUUCGGGCGCUUCCAUCAUGCUGCACUUUUCCCCAGCUGCUCGGGAAUUAUUGUGCUUUGUUUUCUGUUGCUAUUUCCCCCCAGCCAUUAAAAGUGCAUUAUUGGGGGGGGGGGUUGGGGGGGGAGGAGCACCCUUUUGUCGCUGCCUCUUGGUCCAUUUCCAAAGGGGACCAAUUGAGCUGCCAAGGGGCUGGAGUUUGGGGUGGACUCGGAAGCUGCGUUGGGAUGAAAGGAAGAUCUCUGUACUUCUUGCUGUGUUCCUCCUUGCCUAAUUCUUUUCUUCUUCUUCUUCUUCUUUUCUCUCUCUCCCUCCCCUCCGCCUUCUGAUGCCCUGCUAUGCCCUCCCCAGGCCCUUUGGGGAACUGCUUUACAUGGAUGACUCUGCUGGCCCCUACAGCUUGGACUCCACAGAGCAGCCACCCCCGGGGACAUUGGUCUGACCCCCCCACACUGCUUUCCCCCCCCCCAGGGGGAAACGGAGUUUGGUCUCUUUUUCUUUUCUUCGCUGGUGCCUCGUGUGUGCGUGUGUUACACCAUGUUUGGGGGGGAGGGAAUUCCCUGCUGGCAGGGUUUAUAUACUAUAUAUAUCUGUGUGUGUGUGUGUGAGAGAGAGAGAGAGAGAGAGAGAGAGAAGUGGGGUUGUUGCAUGUCACACUGGACACACAACUGGGAGGAGGCCGGAUAUGUCUCCCCAGUUCUUCCUACACAUUAUUAAACUUUUCCCAUUUGAGAUUUUAUUUUUUUGGAGGGGAUAUGUAUUUACUGUAGCCCACUGCCACUCACUCCCACCCCAAAAGGGUUUAUCAGCUGCAGGGAGGGGUGCCUCAAUUCUGCCCUGGUGCUGUGGUUUAGGGUGCGCCAUUUUCAACCCGAGACCCUGGAAUGUAUCGUUGAGGGGUGUGCAGAUGUUUGUUGCGGGCAAAAGGCUGCCUAGCGCAUACCUGCCAUCUCGCUGUGGAAUUUCAGUUCUUUAAAAAUGUCCAAAAAGGGGGGGGAAAUAAUCUACACCCACCACACACCCCAUGAGCGAUUUCUGUCCACCCCCCCCCUGCUCACUUCUGACAAGGGGUGGGGUGGGGGAGGCUUCUGCAGAAAGGGGACUCCAGGUAAGGGAAAUGCAAGCUCCUUAUUAUUUUUUAAAACUCCAGCUGCUUCCUGGCAGGUGAAACUGGGAUGGGUGCUAUAGGAUGAGAGUUCUUGCUUUCAGUUCAUCGCAAAUCGAAGGUGAGGAACAUGUAUCUCCCCUCUUCCCCCCCCCAUUGCCCAGAGGUUGUUGCCCAACAGUGCCCAUCACCCAUGGCUUUGCUGCCUUAAGGCAGUUAGGAACCCAACAGUACCUUUGAGGGCCACAGGCUUACUGCCCCACCUAUUAAGAAAAUUACAGUAUAUAGAAAGGGGCGUGGGGUGCCAGAAGCUACCGGCUGAAACGGCUGCCCAUUAUGGUGGCUGUGGGAACCGCGGGGGUUUCUGUUGCAGAAAUUUGACUCCGUCUAUGGGCGAGUUUGGCUCCCACCGCAAAGCAGGCAGGCAGACUUCUUUUCACACGCUGACUUGCGAACCCCAUUCCCAUGCAAUGCCCACGUGUUGGGCGUUGCGGGUGUGGGAAGAUCAAUGUGAACAUGGGUGUUUGCCACACAGCAGCCCCGAUGUGCCGCGCUGCCCGUCCCAUGUCUAAAAAGCACAGGCAGAGAGACCCUUUGGCGCACCCCAUUCAACCAUGCUGCCGGCCCCCCUCCUCUCCUUUGCCCUGCAAUGUUACAAAGG